AUGCACCAACCUCCGCCCAACUCAGCCACAGCCCCCAACGCGCCGCAAAUCAACGUGAAUGGGACCCGACUGCAAAUGGUAGAGAACUACCCGUACCUGGAAAGUACCCUAUUUCGCAACAUAAAGAUCGAUGACGAAGUCGCCAACCGAAUCUCGAAAGCCAGUCAAGCCUUCGGACGCCUCCAAAGCACAGUUUGGAAUCGCCACGGUCUCCAACUGAGCACAAAGUUGAAGAUGUACAAGGCCGUCAUCCUGCCGACGUUACUGUACGGAGCAGAAACGUGGACGGUGUACACGAGGCAGGCACGUCGACUGAACCACUUCCACCUCAGUUGUCUCCGUCGCAUCCUGAGGCUGAACUUGCAGGACCGCAUCCCCGACACCGAUUUGCUGGACCGGACGGGAAUCCUAAGCAUCUUCUCCAUGUUGAUACAAAUGCAGCUACGCUGGAGCGGCCACCUGGUGCGCAUGGACGACGAGCGACUACCCAAACGACUCUUCAACGGAGACGUCGCGACGGGUUCUCGUCGUCAAGGAGGCCAAAUUUGCCGUUACAAGGGCACCCUGAAGUCCUCCCUGAAGCGCCUGCAAAUCAACCAGACCAACUGGGAAGAUAGAUAG